GAGAGGAGAGAAAGUGGAUAAAAAGCUACAGCCUCAGAUUCACCUUCAAUCAGUGCUCGUCCGGAAGCAUACCUGAUCACGCCACGUCUCAAAUUCACGUCAAACUCACCACGCCACGCCACGCCGUCAUCCAACUUUUGUCGUCUUUGGUCCGAUAGCUUUGUGUAUCUUGCUUGGUAAUCCGAUCCUGUACAAACUUUAGGUAAAAAGGGUCGCAAAGAAUUCAGAGUCAUUUCCAUAUUCUGUCUGUGAAAUUUGAAACCUUUUCACUAAUUACGCGACGUUUUAUAUAAUUGUUGACAAAGUACGGAUAUUUGCCUACGCAAAUUCUUCUCACUUCCAGAAGCAUAAUUGCUAUGCCUUGUUGUUGACGGUAUUUUCCAGUGAAGUUGUUUCGUUUGCGGAGAAAAUAAAAUAAGAUAAACGUUGAAAAGAGAAAGUUCUAGGAGGAAAAUUUGGAAAAUGAAGAACUUGAGACUUUCCCUGGUGAAAGGAGGUGGUGGUGGCACUCCUCGAGUCCUGGGCUGCCUGUUGCUCGUCGCGAUGCUACUUUCUCUCCUUGCCACAUUUACAGAAGCUAAACGAAGCGCUUGUUGGAGAUAUGGACAUUCGUGUUGGGGAGGUCAUGGAAAGCGGAAUGGAGGUGGUGGUGCCAUUGGACAAGAGUUUUCUUCCCUUUCGGGCGACGGUAUCUCAAAUGUCGACGUCACGGGGGGUCCCUCUUCACCCCCGGCGUGGUUGAUGGGCCUCUUGGAUCGCAAUUCUGGUCGCAUUCUCCCACUCAGAAUGGUAACCCAACUGUUAAGGGGAAGAAAUAGCAACUACGUCAACGGAAACAAGGUUUUGAUGCGAUCUUCUGCAAUGCACAAGGUCAAACGGGAACAAGACGAUGAGGGGGUGGAAGGGCUUGGUCAGAAAUUAAAAAGUGGAGAAAGUGAGUCAGAACUGGACAAUUCGUUUUCAGCAGAUAGCUCGGUUUUCGUGAGGGACAGAAGAUCAUUGAAUCCGGAAGAUUUCUCAGCUUCUUCUUCUGCAGAGCAACAGCAUCCUCCCUUACAAUCAGUUCAUGGAAAGGUUCUCUUCUCAAAGUUGAACGGAAAUCAACACCAGGAAUAAUUUGGAUUUUGGAGAUAUAACAUUAUUUCGAAAUUUUUCCUAUUUUGAUGACAUAAUUAAUUAGUUUUGAACUGACAUAAUAACUACCUUCAAUAAAUAUAAUAAAAUAUGUUGAGUUGAUGAGAGAAUUUUUCCCACAUUUGACCCUACUUUAGUACUUCAAUAAAAGAGAAAGUAUUAUUAGCAUUAUUAGACAUUUAAUGGAAAAAUGGUCGUAAAGUUGUCAAAAUUAAACUAUCGUAAGAGUAUAAAAGACAGAAUUUAAUGGUCCCAUGUAGUAAUUAUUUAAAUAUAAUAACUGUACGUGUAAUUAAUUAUUUAGUUGCUUACAAAUAAUUAUGGAUGAGCAUUUGUGUGAUGAUUAAAUAAUUAGGUGUAUGUAAAUAUAUUAGACUUAACAUGUUGAUCUGCUAUGUAUUUUGGCUGUCCUUUCUCCAAUACUUUUACCAUGUCAUAAAUUAGCAGAUUGUAACAGAUAAACCUGCCCUAGAUCAGAGGUCAAUGUAUUACUUGGCAUGUUCGAAAAUCGAGGAAAUUGCGAGUUUUUGUGCAUACCUAUUAAUUCUUCACUGAGAAUUGAGUUAUGCCAUAACAUGUAAUUAUUUAUAAUGUAAUAAUUAAUUAACUAGGAAUAAGAAAGUUGUUUUGGGGAAGGCAAAAAUACGUUAAGAAAUUUACUCUCACAGUCGUUGAUGAUUGAUGGUACGCUAUUUGUGUUUUCUCUGUUGUAGGAUGGUAGGAAAUUUAAUAAAAUUGAUUAUUAUCUUACAAUCCUUGUUCUCCCUUUUAGUAAAUGUAACCGAUCUUCAGUAAAUAUAAAAUAAAAUUGUAUUGAAGUUGAAUUUUAGUUAAAAUUGUUAAAUAUAGAAUGGUAAGGAAUUCAAGAAUGACAAGAAAUACGUAGCUUUAUAAAUAAAUACAUUGUAGUUUUAAUUGAAAAGAAGAAAAUUAUUAAUUGCUCUCCUGAUAUUUAAUGUGAUGUCUGAAGAACAAAUCUGUAAUCUACAUACGUUAAAUUUUGUUAAAUUACUCCCUUGAAAUUUUGAACCUAUCUUAAUUAAAUGUAGUAGAGUUUGACUAGAUUGAAUAAGAUUGGUUUGUAAAAAAAUGUAAAUAAAAAUUUUGAUUUUGUAA